UUGUGUUCAAUACAUUUCUCAUUUAAUGUGUUCACGUUUUUUCAGCAAAAUUACACCAUUUAAUCAAAUUAUACGAAAAAUUUAGCCAUUUUUUACUCCACAUCUUAACCAUCACUCAAACCACAGACAAGAAUCCAAUACUUUUAUGGCAACCAAAAGCCACGUCUUGAAGGGUGAUGUAUCCGAUGGCAGCGAUUGUCACGAAAUGACAUUUUUCAUGAAUGCCGAGGAAUGUGACAUCACUUUCGUCGUGGAGGACAAGCAAAUCGUCGCCAAUAAAUGGCUCUUAAGGAUGAAAAGCGAUGUCUUUGACGCCAUGUUCUCCGCGCACUUCAAGGAGUCCAGUGACGAGAUAAUCGACAUCCAGGACAUGCCAUACGACGCCUUUAAAGCCAUGAUUUGUUUCCUAUACUGCAAUAAACUGGUAUUACAUGACAGUCAAGACUAUAGACAGGCGAUGGACGUCUACCGGUGCGCUCAUAAAUACCAUUUGCGACCAUUAAUGGCCAAAACCGAGAAGACCUUGUUUAAAAUGAUCACUUUCGACACCGUGGAGGACAUGUACGUGUUGGCCAGGGAUUACGGUAUGAGUGGGUUGCGUGAGCGCCUGGACGCGUUUCUGGCGGCCAAUCUGGACUACUAUUCGCGCAAAAGUGCGGAUCAACUGAAACGCGUCAGUAGUCUCAGUGAUAGCCAUUUAAUGAGUCUAUUGAUCGUCGAGAAGGACAAUGAGAUCAUGCGAUUGGAGAAACUGGUCUCAGAGUUGGCGAAACAUUGCGAUCAAUGCCGGAAUCGGAUUACAUUCAGUCCAUUGAAUACGAUUUAGGGGUUAAUAGUAAUCUCAUACAACAUUAUAUCAAUACAUGCCAUACAGUACUAUAGUAUAUAUAUGAUUUUGGUAUCGAUCGCCCGAUUGCCUAAUAUAUAAUUAAGA